AUGCCUUAUUGGACACGUGUUAGAAGUCUGUCUUCUUUCGGAAUCAACUCUGUGACUCUAGGCACACGCGAAAGAUAUACCAUGUCCCAGUUCCUCCGGGAAUGCCUUUCACUUGCUAAGCGUGGUGAACUGGAAAUCAAUCAAUAUUGCAUUGACGAAGAUGAAUACGACAACGAGAUACGGUUGGAGGAUUGGGCAGAGGCCUGGGGUAAACCGACGUUGGAAUAUGCGUCGGUCUGUAUGAGGAAGAAAUUGCUAGAAGAGAUCGCUAGCUAUGAAUGCACUACGAGGUCGCCCCCGUAG